AUGGGAUUUAUUAAAACCCGGAAAAGACGCAGGUUAACACGGCAAGCUUUUUUUAAGCUUUGCAAAUUACUGAUGGAACGAGAUGGCAAAACAGAACAGAAAGGUGGAGACAAAAAGAGAGGUGUUAAAAGACCUCGUGAAGAUCAUGGCCGGGGCUAUUUUGAGUACAUUGAAGAAAAUAAAUACAGCAGAGCUAAAUCUCCUCAGCCUCCGGUUGAAGAGGAAGAUGAACAUUUUGAUGACACAGUGGUUUGUCUUGAUACUUAUAAUUGUGAUCUACAUUUUAAAAUUUCAAGAGACCGUCUCAGUGCUUCUUCACUAACUAUGGAGAGUUUUGCUUUUCUUUGGGCUGGUGGAAGAGCUUCUUAUGGAGUUUCAAAAGGCAAAGUUUGUUUUGAGAUGAAGGUUACAGAGAAGAUCCCAGUGAGGCAUUUAUAUACAAAAGAUAUUGACAUACAUGAAGUACGGAUUGGCUGGUCACUUACAACCAGUGGAAUGUUACUUGGUGAAGAAGAAUUUUCUUAUGGGUAUUCGCUAAAAGGAAUAAAAACAUGCAACUGUGAGACUGAAGACUAUGGGGACAAGUUUGAUGAAAAUGAUGUGAUUUCAUGUUUUGCUAAUUUUGAAGGCGAAGAAGUGGAGCUUUCCUAUGCAAAGAAUGGACAAGACCUUGGUGUUGCCUUCAAAAUUAACAAGGAAGUUCUUGCUGGACGACCUCUCUUCCCUCAUGUUCUCUGCCAUAACUGUGCAGUUGAGUUUAAUUUUGGUCAGAAGGAAGAGCCAUAUUUCCCAAUACCUGAAGAAUAUACUUUCAUACAGAAUGUCUCCUUAGAUGAUCGAGUUAGAGGGCCAAAAGGACCAGAUGAGAAGAAAGAUUGUGAAGUUGUGAUGAUGAUUGGCUUGCCAGGAGCUGGAAAAACCACCUGGGUUACUAAGCAUGCAGCAGAAAAUCCUGGUAAAUACAAUAUUCUGGGAACAAACACUAUUAUGGAUAAAAUGAUGGUGGCAGGCUUUAAGAGACAGAUGGCAGAUACUGGAAAAUUGAACACGCUGUUGCAGAGAGCCCCACAGUGUCUUGGAAAAUUCAUUGAGAUAGCUGCUCGUAAGAAGCGGAACUUUAUUCUGGAUCAGACAAAUGUGUCUGCAGCUGCCCAGAGGAGAAAAAUGUGCCUGUUUGCAGGCUUUCAACGCAAAGCUGUGGUAGUUUGCCCAAAAGAUGAAGACUACAAGCAAAGAACACAGAAGAAGGCAGAGGUGGAGGGAAAGGAUCUUCCAGAACAUGCAGUUCUCAAAAUGAAAGGGAACUUUACACUGCCAGAGGUAGCGGAGUGUUUUGAUGAAAUAACCUAUGUAGAGCUGCAAAAAGAAGAAGCCCAAAAGCUGUUGGAGCAGUAUAAGGAAGAAAGUAAAAAAUCUCUUCCUCCAGAAAAGAAACAGAAUACUGGCUCAAAGAAGAGCAAUAAGAAUAAGAGUGGCAAAAACCAGUUUAAUAGAGGAGGUGGUCAUAGAGGACGUGGAGGAUUUAACAUGCGUGGUGGAAACUUUAGAGGAGGUGCUCCUGGAAAUCGUGGUGGUUAUAAUAGGAGGGGAAAUAUGCCACAGCGUGGUGGUGGAGGAGGAGGAAGUGGAGGAAUUGGCUAUCCAUACCCUCGUGGCCCUGUCUUUCCCAGCAGAGGUGGAUAUUCAAACAGAGGCAACUACAACAGAGGUGGAAUGCCCAACAGGGGGAACUACAACCAGAACUUCAGAGGCCGAGGAAACAAUCGUGGCUACAAAAAUCAAUCUCAGGGCUACAACCAGUGGCAGCAGGGUCAAUUCUGGGGUCAGAAGCCAUGGAGUCAGCAUUAUCACCAAGGAUAUUAUUGAAUACCCAAAUAAAAACGAACUGAUACAUAUUUCUCCAAAACCUUCACAAGAAGUCGACUGUUUUCUUUAGUAGGCUAACUUUUUAAACAUUCCACAAGAGGAAGUGCCUGCGGGUUCCUUUUUUAGAAGCUUUGUGGGUUGAUUUUUUUCUUUUCUUUUUUGUACAUUUUUAAUUGCAGUUUUAAAGUGAAUCGUAAGAGAACCUCAGCAUUGUGCACGAUAAGAGAAUGUGUCAGUAUUUCAGGGUUCUACAUUUUAUCUGUAAAAUGUGACUUUUUUUUUUUACCACAACAAAAGUAAAAUGUUGCUUUGUACCUGGUGUCUUUUAUUAAGAUUUACUCCCCCCAUUUCUCACCGAGAAUAACAGUCGGGAGUCAUUUGUCACAAUACAAUAGAAAUGUUAGCAACCAGAUUCAUGUAAGGGCUUUAGUGGUCCUCAUGAAUUUCACGACUUUGUACUGCUCACAUUACACUCCAUCCUCUCUGUAGUUUGGUGGGUAGAGGAGGGGGUAAACUAAGCAGUAGUUCUUGGCAAUAACUGGGAUGGGUUUUUAUAACAAUGGAAUUGGCAUAGCUGGGGGUGAAGGUGAAACUUGGAGCCAAAUAGGGAAGAUGGAGUGUAUGUAGAAGGGCUCUUUAAAUGUAAAACUCGGUUGCAUUAUCUGUGGAGGCUCAAACUUGUGAAGGUACAACACCAUAAUUUUUUUCCAUUUGUUCUGCAUUUUGAUUCUGAAAAGAAAGCUGGCUUUGCCCAUUUCUUAUUAAACAAAACUUGUUGUAAAUCCAGUUGUCUAAUGGGAUCUAUAUGAAGUUAGCUAUGUCUGUAUACCCCUUCUCCCACAAAAUACUGUAUACCUAGUGUGCUUGUAGUAGUUAACUCCACCAUCUUUGUAAGCUAAUGAAAUUGUGAGUCACCCAUUUAUAUCUAAUUUUUAAUCAUGUCAGUUCUUGAAUGGGUAUCUCCUUAGCCUGCUGAUUUCUUUUUCUUUCUAAAGAAAGUGGGUGGAGAAAUUAAUUUAGACGUUUGUUUGCAAUAAAAUGAAUUCAUUUUA